UCCAUGCUCGCUCUUUCGUGUUUACCCGAUCGACCGCGCAUUGGCCAUUCCUCCGCCCCAUCCCAAUCCCCAAACGCCGCUCCCUCUCCAAAGUAAGAAACCACUCCUUUAAAACCCUAGCGAUCUCUUAUGGGUUUUGCUGGCCCCCUCCACUCGUCCUCCGCCUAGCCGGUCUUUCUGCUGCCAACACGACGCUGCUUUCUCAGAGGACCUUCAUAUCAAUGUUUUGAGGGAAGGAGGCAGGUUGUGUUCCAUUCCACUAGAAAGAGAAGAGGAGGUGAAGAAGGCAGCCGUGGGAGCUUGAGAACUGUUGUUGCACAUGGCUCCAAGAAGGCAGAAGAAGGUAGGGCUGAAGCGGAUAGACGCAGCCCUUGAUGCAUUGCUUCCUUAUGGUUUCUCUAAAGAAACUAUCUGCUCGACGAUCAAUAAACUUCUCAAAGUUUAUGAUGACAAUGCUGCGUGGUACCUUAUUGAAGAAGGUAGUUACAGUCUGGUUAUCGAGACCAUCCUAGAAGAGCAAAAACAAGAGGCAAGAGAGGAGGGAAGAACCAGGGAAGAAGCUACGGCCUCGAGAGUUUCCAGCAACGUUGCUCAGGCUGGUGAGGCAGACCUUGCUAAUUCUUCACUAGAUGUGUGAAGAACCUGUAAAUUGGAAGGACAUUUCAAGUACAGACCCGAACCAGGGCCUGGAGCACAAGGUGAAUGGUGGCGGCCAGCCAAAUUUGACUGCAAGAGAGGUCGAGCCACUGUCUGCAUCGAGCUCAGGUUGUCAUCAAAAUCUGUCAAAUCAGUUUAUUAGUCUAAGACCACGAAGGCUUCCAUGUUACGGUUGGAUAAGUGAAGAUGAAGACGAAGAAUAACCACAAGAGAGGCAUAUCGGAGUUCAACACUGGCAUUCUGUGAUGUGAAUCCCUCUUGUACAUGAAUCGCUCGAACAUUUUACCUGCAUGUAAUUUGCUUGUUUAGCUAGAUAUUCGAUGCUACUUUGUGUAUGCAUCAAUUACAAUCCAGCGUCGUGAAGAUUUAAGAAACAUCUGCCAUCUCAAUCUUGU